GCGAUUGGAGAACUAAAAGUUGUAGCAAAAUGAGGACUACUCUAGCAUUGACUCUGCUGCUCAGCUGCCUGGCAGGCACUCUGGCCGAACACAUGGACAUGGACAUGGAGUCCUCGUUGGGCAAGGGAGUUGUCGAGAGUUGCCUGAAGGAGAAUGGUGUUUCUGGCGAUGACCUGGCGGACCUGCAAACCGGCAAGGUGAAGGCAUCAGAUGCCAAGGACAAUGUAAAGUGUGCCACUCAGUGCAUUUUGGUGAAGAGCGGCUACAUGGACUCCACGGGCAGCCUGCUGGUUGACAAGAUCAAGGAGCAAUUUGCGAACUCGCCCCUCAGUGCCGUCGUGGAGAAGGAUCUGGAAAGGUGCAGCAAGGUCAAGGGUGCCAAUGCCUGCGAUACUGCCUUCCAGGUGCUGGGAUGUUUCCAGAAGCAGAACAGUCAGGCCUAAGAAUGGGAUUAUCCUUUAAACACAGGACUUCCAAGUGAGCAAUACAAUUAGAGAGCAGCUAAAAUUAUAGAAUCCAGAAUUGUACCAACAACAGCAUUCAAUGUUUAAUGUAUAAACAAAUAUAUUACCUUCCAUGUUUUUUAAAAAGUA